CUUGCAUCGCGUUGAAGAAGCCUUCGCAGCCAGGAAGAGCCACGUCGGUACGACCGAAGUAAGCAGCCAUCGAAAGCACUUUUCAGUGGUCGAUCGGGACAACUUCAUUCGUGUUGAAGCGACUUGCUUAUAAGAAGUGUCAAAACUGACAAGUGUUGCAUGUAUUUUAAAAAUAUCGUUUGGAAAUGAGGAAAUUUUCUCUAUCGAAGAUCUUGGUGAUAUUGUUUCAGUUAACUCACAAUAUCCAUGCCCACACCCAUUGGGUGGUCACUGAGAAUGGCCGAAUCCAAUCGAAAUUGGAUUCGCCGUUCAACUUGCGACGGCCCUACGAUCUUCUAAGCCUAAUGGACCAAGAGAAACGCUAUGAUGAUCUGAAUAAAGUAAUUGAAGACCUGGAGAGGCACACAAAUAGAAUCAAUAAAAAGUCUGAUGCUUUAUCCACUGGUGACCAAAUUUCCUGGGACAAAUGCUCUGAUAUCACUGAUAUGGUGGAUGGUGAUUAUGAUAUGAUCACAUCCAAUGGCAGUGAUAGAUUUAAAAUUAAAAUGUUCAAGUCCAAUCAAUUGAAAGGGAUCAAUAGAGAACCUGAGUGCCAUAAGUUCUCUGAACUACAUUACAGUCCUUUUAGCUAUGAUCAUUUGGAAAGUAUUGCUAACAGAAAGAAAUUUCCUAUUUCUACUUAUCACAUGUUUGAUGAGAGCUUUCCUAUUAAGGAUGGUAGACAAAUUGUUUAUGGACUCAUGAAGAACAGCAGUUCUUGGGUACAUUAUAAUUUGGGACUACUUUAUUGGUGGAGGAAAGGGAAUGCUUUUGAAGCUAUUGAAUGUGGUAGGAGAGCCCUAUAUUAUGUGCCAAGAGAAUAUCGUGAUAUACCUUUAUUAAAUUUGGGCGGAUUGUUAUUUUGGGGUUUUGAUUCCAAAGAUGGUGUGAUUUUGUUAAGAGCUGCUGUAGACCAUGCGCCACUCGAAGCGAAGAAUUAUUUGGCACUGAGUUCCGUGUAUGGUGAGAUGAAUGAAUUAGGUGAUGCAAUAAAAAGUUUUAUUAAGUUUAAUACUAUGAGGCCUAAUAGUGAUGUACUUAAAGUUGCCAGGCAAUACAUCCAGUGCUACACGAACAUGAGAACAGAUAUCUUGGAAUACCACGAUUCGUUGCAGGAUAUUCUCACGGAUCUGCAUGAUUUGCACGGGAAGCAGCAGCAGAUCCUCGGUCUGAGGGAGAAGAUAUUAUGGGAGGUGGUACCAUACGAACUGAAUAUGAUCAUGGAAAGAUCAAAGCAGCAGAACAAAGCCAAAAGGAACUGCGUCCACGAGAUCGUCGAUGAAAAAUUGGUCAUAACGUGUUAUGCAAAGAUACAAAAUGAGGACGAAGAGCAGAUGGUUAAUAAAAUGGAAUACUACCAUAUUGCGAACAAGGCAAAUUUGGUCGAAAAGGAAGUGGAGGAACAUAUUGUCGAAGAACCAGAUCCCAAAAAAAUUAUCAUGAAUGGCAACGAUGUGGGCAAUUUUGUGCUUCCGAAAAUUCCACCAAAAUAUCCCACCACCAUGGGAACUUCCAACAAUUUAUACUUUGACAGCGUUCGUUGGCCAAGUAAAGACGAAUGCGCUGAAUGGGAUCUGCCGCUGAAAGAAAAGGAAAACUUAGAUUUGCCAGUAUUUAUUCCUUUAGAAAACAAGGGUUUCCAGAUCAAUAAAAUGCUGUCAGAAGAUUUAGCGAUUGAAGACGGUGCGGAACAUCCCUUGCCUUGGUAUCCUCCGCUUUGCGAACACCCGAAAGCCGAGGAAUUGGGAUUGCAUCAUCCAGUUUUACGCAUGACAAUGCCCAAAAAUCAACCACUUUCGUUACAUCCGAUACUAAAGAAUCACUUCUUGGGAUACGUAAACGAGGGCAAGGGGGAUGAGGCAGAAAUAGGUCAAAGAAUCUUAUCCGCUGUGAAAAAAAAGUCUGGACCUAAUUGGGUUUUAUCCGUCUUAGCUAGUAUGUAUUGGCGUAUCAGAACAAAUGGUAAAAACGCUCUUGCAUGCCUAGACAUGCCUUUGGAUUCUGUCCCAAAAGAAUUCACUGACGUCAUUCUGGUCUCCAUGGGUUCAAUCAUGCAGCAGCAGGGUAUAACGGAGAGCGCUUUAAAAUUUGCUAGUUUGGCAUUCAAAGUGAACUUCCUGGAGCCGGCAACUAACUUCUUGUUGGCGCUCAUCCAUUACCAGAAGAACAAUCCGCUAUUAGCCAUGUAUUACUUAAAGAACGUUUUGAGGGUGGAUCCUCAUUAUUACGGUGGAGAGGCGGAGCGUCUUUUGAAGUUGUGGGCGUGUCGCAUCAAGAUGGGCAGUUACGAGCAUUCAAAGGAGGAGAAAUCUCUGAUGUGCGGAGAAAAAGAUGGAUUCAGCGGUGAGGGAGUGAUAUGUUCCACAAGCGGAGAGCAAUGUAAGACUGCGGCAAUCCAAUGUUUUAGGGCUGACAAUGAUAAAGACGGAGUAGUGAAACCAAUAACCAAGAUUAUUAAUAGCGGCGGAGAUCAAUGUGGGAAACCGAACAACUUGGGUGCCGGUUCUUUGUUAUCUACUUUACUCACUACCGACGGACCUGCCGAUUUUCCAGAUUCUGAGAGUCAUGAAAUGCACAUGAAAGCUUUAUUAGCCGAUGAACAAUCAAAAGCCGGAGGUCACAAUCUCGGUGAUUUUUAUGUGUUCGUAUCUACUGAGGAACCAUCGACUGAAGUGAUGCUGCACGUCUACGAUAAAUCUGGUACUUAUGCUUUGACAUGGAACAAAUGUAAAGAUAUCAAAGAGGCAGAUUGGUUACAUUUUACUUCCAUGUGGCAAACCAUUGCAGCUAGAAAUUUCAACGUUGGACCCUAUUUACAACCACUGCCAAAAGGAUUAAAAGAAGUAGUGAAACCUCAAUGCACCGAUAGUGUACCUUCAUCUUCGGCAACGCUGGACCAUUUGACUGCGAUGGUAUUGCGUAAAAGGUUACCCCAUUUACCCGAAGAUGCACUCUUCGAAUGGUUAGCUUUGAUGACGGGUGAUCAAGAAUCGUCAGUCAAAGAGAUUGGUACCAAGAUCGCCAUAGCAUUGAAAGAAAAUUCCACUUCUUGGGUCUUGACAACAGCGGCUGCUUUUUACUGGCGAGUGAUCGGUAACAGCGAAGAAGCUAUCACCUGUUUAAGGAAUGCUCUCACUUAUGUUCCAUUAGAUAUGCGAGACAUCCCUCUGAUAAGUUUGGCCAAUGUGUUACAUAGAGUUGGAUUUUUCGUUGACGCACUGGAAGUAGCCUAUAUAGCUUUGGAAACUCAUCCCAACUAUGUUGUUAACCAUUUCACCACUGCGAACAUUCACACUUCUUUGGGAGAUUUCGAGAAAGCAUUGUCUUUUUACCGAUCGUCUUUGGCUUUGGAUACGAACUUUGAGCCCGCUCGAAACCGUUUGCAGACAAUCUACUGCACUCUCCUAUUCGAGGGAACCGUCGCUUUUCGUGAGAACGGUGAUCCCAUCGAGAACUGACAAAUACUACAAUUGACGAGAAUCGUCUAAUUUAAUUUUAUUUUUUUUUUAUAGAGGAUGUACAAUUAGUUUUAACCUUUACCAAAGACAAGAAAAAGUGUGUUCAUUGUUAAGGAAACAUUCCAUUCGCAUAAGUUGUUUUUUAUAUUGUUUUUUCUCUUUUAGUAUCUUUGAACCAAUACGUGUACCUAAAAAAAAGAACAAUUAUAUCUCCUAUUGCCUAUGAACAGAUUUUUUAUAAAUCAUAUUUUUUAUUAACAUAGAACCAAAACAAGUCUUUACUUGUGAUUUCUAGAAAUUUGCAUAUUAUUUUUCGAAUUUUACUUGUUGGUUACCUGCACGACGUUUCGCAGAUAAUCCAGAAUUUUUAUUUGAAAUAUUAACUGACCGUUUGACUUCA